AUGAGACUUUUAAUUGUAUUGAUUCUUGUAUUCUAUGUACAAGGGGUAUGGAUAAAUCCAGAGUUCAAAUCUGGAAUCAGUAGCCGUAUCAGUCUACAAGGAUUGAGAGACAUCAAAAGUUCAUUAGAAUCUGAACUUAAAUCAUUGAUAUCUCCAUUAUAUCUAGACAAUAGUCAUACUCCAUUCUUAUCAAACAAAACCCAAGACGAUGAUUUGAUCAUUUUACCAUCAAACACUUUAAAUGUAGAAAUUUUCAAUAAAUUGGGACUCAACUUCUUGAAUGAGGGAGGCUUCACUUUCACCUUCAAUAAAGAGAGCAUUCGAGUACCUAGAGAAUUCAAGAAUUUAUUUAUAUUCAACACUUCGUCAUCAUUAACAAUUCCGAACUCAAAACACCACAAUUUUGCCAAUUUUGUUGACCAAAGUUUACCUUUCAAUCUUCCAAACUAUAUGAAUCUAAAGAAUUAUUAUCUUGUUUUGCCCAAGAAUUACUUGCAAUCCAACUUGAAUUCAACCGACUUACUUUAUGACUCAACCAGUGUUUUUUCCAGAAGCGUUUUGUCAGGAAAGAUAUCCCAAUUGCCAAUAUUCAGGUCCAUAAUUAGUGAAAACAAACCAUUGAUGGUUUUCAUGUUUUCAGACUCCAACAUAAAGAAAUUUGAAUCCUUCAAGAACCCCAUAAUGAACAUUAAAAAUUAUCUCAAGACUGAAAAGGAUUUAAUUUCAAAUUUUUUUGAUAGGUUUGCCCAAAACUGGAUCAAAAUGGUAAAUUACGAUAGUCUUGUGCAAUCUGUAUUUUGUACUACCAAUGCCAAUAGUGUUGAUAACAGCUAUUGCUUACAAGUACAUGAUGCCAGAGCGCUUUACCUAUUCCCAGCAUUCUUCGAUAUCUCCCAACUCAUGUAUUUUGAUCUGGAGGUAAAGGCUAAUCAAGUCGAAGCAUUUGAAGCUCAAGCACCAUACAAGAACGUUCUGGUCGAAUUGACAAGAAGGUCAGAUGACGUGGAAACUCAAGCCAUAAGACAACUUCAUGAUAAAGCCAGUCAUUUGGCAGACAAAAUCAAUGAUGUAACUUAUGAACUAGCUACCGAGCCUAAACCUGUUAUUGAGAGAAUAGAUGAAAGGUUUGAUGAAAAAGUUUAUGAGUUUUAUGAUAAAAUUGAAGAUAAAAAGGAUACAUUGCAAGAGAAAAAAGAUAUGAUCAAAGAAAGCUUGGUGGCUAAGAUUGAUGCCUUGAAAUCAAAAUUUGAUUUGAAACCAACCGAUGUGGAAUACAAAUUCGGUGAUAGUUUAACCAAAAGGAGUUUUGAUGAAGAAGAGGAAUCUCUAUUACCUUUCCAACCAGAAGGUGGAUUAAUCUUACCUUUAUCGUUGAUCAGGGUGGCUGAGAAAACAUUGGACAGUCCAAGACACAAGAGUUACGCUCAAGUUCUUGUUUCAGGAACUACGGGACAUUUAACAAAGAGGUUCUCUAUUUUCAGUAAGGAUAUUCAUGAUUGUGAAAAAAUCACUUGGUUUAAUGUAUUCCACCAUAGUAUAUUCGGCAAACCCAAGUUUUGUCUUGAUGAUUGA